GAUAGUAUCACAAAAUAUAAUAUCAUGAUUACUGAUAAUACCAUAAUAGUAUAAUACUUAUAGACGGAUCAUAAUAUUGUUAUUAUAUACUUCACAGUUCACUCUCCAUCUUAAAUCAGCUGACUAUUACAGAAUAAUAAUGUGACUUUCGUAUUAAGUAUUAACUUUUGAGAACUCAUCGGUAAACAUUAAAGGCCUAACGUAACAUCAUACAUUUAUCUUUGUUUUUUUUUUAUAUAUAUUUAAAUUGCAAGUGAUUUUAUUAUCCAUAAUGUAUGCCAAUCCUGAAACCCUUAAAGAUUUGUGCAUUGACUAUGUCUGUGACAACAUAGAAAAACUUUAUAUGGCUGAACAAAUAAGUGAGACUGACUUACAGCCUUCUGAACCUGAGUAUAUGUUUAUUGACAGAAAUGUAUACUUGCCAAUGGAGGUGUCAGAGGUGUUGUUGACAAAACUUAGUGUACGGAAUAAACUUAAUGAUGAAAUAUUAUCACUAUUCAGUAAUAAAAAUGUCUAUUUGAGGAAUGUCAUAUUACCAAAAACAAAAAAUUUAACCACAAAAGGACUAAGAACAUUAAAAAAGCAUAAAAUAAAAAAACUAAAAGUUUAUGGUUUGGACUGUACAGUAAACGAACUUGUUGGUUCAUUAGGUGAAUGGACAACACAGAAUUUAGAAUCAUUAUGUGUAUCAAAUAGUUCAUUCAUUAGUGAUUCUUAUGAUUUGAGAUUUUGUGUUGCUGUCUCAUUAUCAAAAUUAAAAAACCUUUGUUCACUUGAUGUCAGUAAUACUGAGUUUAGUACCAACAAUUUAAUUGCUGUAGUUGAAGAUUUGCCUCUUUUGGAGUCAUUAGAUAUUUCUAAUACAAAAGUUGACACACUUUUACCAUUGGGAAAGAAAAAAAACCAAUUAAGAAAAUUGAGUGUAUACAAUUUAAAGGAAGCUACAAUGCAUUUGAUUGCUUUCAGUCCACUUAAAAGUAUGACAUCGUUGACACAUUUAGAUUUAUCAUCUGAAAAAUAUUCUCACCCAUUUGAGAAUUUUAGCUGUGAUACACCUUGGUUACAAUUUUUGACUGAUCCCGAUUGGUUACCCAAUUUAGUUUCAUUGGAUAUAUCUGGAAGCGAUAAUGUUGGUCCAAGAAUCAUGCAAGAUUUUUUAACUACUCAUAAAAAACUAAGAUUUUUAGGUUUAAUGCAUAUGGAUGAUUGUGGUUUGGCCAUGUUCACUGUUCCGACUCAUCCAUUAUAUAAUCCAGACUUGGUGGUUACUGGUGUUGUGACACAAGAGCAAUUAUUGACUGGUUUAAAGCGUUACACAAAACGUCCGACAUAUAUUCAAAAAUGUCUUUACCAUUUGUUUAAAUGGACUGAAAAAUAUAACUGCCCCAAAGUUGACAUUAUUCAAUUAAUUUUAAAUGUGAUGAACUGUCUUCCUGACAGUUUCCCAGUACAAAUGGCAGCAACUGCUUGUCUUUAUAAUUUAACCAAGAGUGAUCUAGCCUUAAACAUACAUCCUAGUGUUUUGGCUAAAGUAGUAGAAGCAACAUUAGAUGCCAUGGAACGUUUUCCCAAUCAUAAUCAGUUACAGAAAAAUACACUAUUGACAUUAUGUAGUGAUCGUAUACUUCAAGAUGUGAAAAUGGAUAAGUUCAGAUGUGCAAAAUUAGUCUUGGAUUCAUUACAUUUUUUCAAUGAUAUUGUCAUGAACCGUAUGAGUGUUGCAAUCUGCAGUAUAUUAGCUGCAAAAAUUUCUACGUCUGAAACCUCUCAAUUAGGAUCUAACCCAAGAUAUAUGGCCAAAUUGUUAUCAAUAGUAUUUGAAAAACUAUCAACUCGAACUGUUGAUGUGACUAUGAAGUUCACACUUAGUGCACUUUGGAAUCUUACGGAUGAAUCCCCUACAACAUGCAAAGUUUUCAUUGAUGAAGGAGGGUUAGCAUUAUAUAUGAAUAUAUUAAAUACAUUUAUUGAUGACAGUACUGUAGAAACUAAAGUACUUGGUUUAGUAAACAAUAUUGCUGAAGUACCACAUUUGAGAAAUAUGUUAUUCAGUAAUGAUAUUAUUCCUACUCUAAGACGUUUGUUACGGUCAGAACAAAUUGAUGUAAGCUAUUUUGCGGCUGGAAUAAUUGCUCAUUUAGCAUGUGAACCUAGUUGGGAAACAUUUACUGUGAAUAGUAAAGCUGAAGUUUUGGAAGAACUACGAUAUGCUGUUAAGCAGUGGGUACCGCCCGAGGGAGAAAUGGUUGCAUACAGGUCUUUCCAGCCUUUUAUUGGGCUACUAAAAUCAACCAAAACACCACAGGUUCAGCUUUGGGCUGCAUGGGCAAUACUUCAUGUUUGUACUAAAAAUGCUAAAAAAUAUUGUGCAAUGCUUAAUAAAGAAAAUGGUGUUGAUAUUCUUCAACAAAUUGCUUUGGAUAAAACAGUCGAUCAUGAAGUGUGUGAAUUAUGCUAUGGUAUAUUAGACUUGAUGAAUGAAUUUAGGAAAGUUUCUAAUCCAGUACAACAAAUUGAUACAUUUUAGUCAUUUAUCUUACUUGCUAUAUUCCUUUAAAUUAACAAUAGUAUUUAUUUUAUUAUUUUUCUUGUUAUAUCUUUAACUAUUAUUGUGAUUUUAAUUAUUUCUUAAUUUUUAUUCUUUAAAUAUUGUAACAUUUUAUAUUAAAAUUGAUAAAAAAAAAAAAAAAAAAAAACACUGAAUUAAAACUUGUUUAAUAUAUUUUACUAGUUAUAAUACGUAUUUAUAUACAAAUUACUGAGAUUAGUACCCAGAAUGAAUUUGGCCAUUUGGGUCUUCAGAUUUACUAAAUAUCUAUCUAAAAAUCAUAUCUGAAAAAAUAUCUAUGCUUUUAUCGAUACGUUAUAUUUCUAAUAUGUCAGCAACGUAAUAAAUCUGUAAAACUUUUGAGGUUAUUUUUUUAAUUUUUAAAAUUAUGAAUGUAUGAUGUUAAG